AAUAUUAAUACAUUUGAAGCUUGUAAAAUUCAUGAAAGUUUAGGCGGAUUUGUUUGAAGUAAAUAAUUAUGUUGAAACCCGUUGAAAGGGAUUUUUGUAGUAAUUUAAUUAACAAAAUUCUUUGUACAUUGAAAUCUUGAAUAACUACCCGUUUCGAACGCUCCGCCUACUUGACUGUACAACGUCGUAUCGGAAAAAUCUCUCAGUCGAGUUAAUACUCUAGGCUAUGAUACAAAAACGGCCUCAGCGAACGAAUUGUUUAGAUUCUACAAGCAGAAAGAUAUGUUUUGGCAGUUGCUGGCGACCAUUGAUUAGCGCAAAUGUGUUUACUUAUUUCUGAUAAUUUCUGUGCCUUUUGUUUUUGUCCAUGGAAUUUACAACACGUGUGGAAGUUAUACUUAUUCCGAUCGCUUAACCCACAGUGUCAGUGUAAAAUACCACGGAAUAUUGGAUUAAAAUUUGGCAAAUAGAUAGACAUGUUAAAAUCACACCAUAGCAGAUUAAAAGGAAUUAGAUUUAGAAUUUAGUACAUUGAACAAGCAUAGCAUAGAAUAAGGGAAUAAAUCGUGUUAUAAAUUUGUUUAUGCUUAAGGAAUGCAAUAUUUUGAGGAGAUAUAAAUGUAGAAGAAAUAUUUUCAUAAUGUAUGGAGUUACCAUAAGCGUUUGUUUCUUCAUGUACAUGCUUGGAUUAUUGGUGCUAUCAAAUGUCACUUCAGGUGACACUUUAAUACGUUCAAAUAAUGUACGAACCUUACAAACCUCGUAUGAUGCCGACGACGUCGUCGGCAGCGAUGAUAUUGAUAUCUCAAAAAAACUAAACUCAGGGAUCAUAACUUCAGACACAUCAGAACCAAAAACUAAAACGAAUAAUUAUGAUAAGCAGGGUACCAUCUUCCUGGACGAUGAAGACAUUGUAAAGAAAAAGAAAUCCCGUACACGUGGAUUAAAUAUUGAUAAUCGGAAUAAAACAAAAAGGUUACCCCAAGCUUUAAUUAUAGGUGUUAAGAAAGCGGGAACCAGGGCACUUUUAGAAUAUCUAAGACUUCAUCGUGAUGUGAGGGCUCCUGGGCCAGAACCUCAUUUCUUUGAUAAAAACUAUAAUAAAGGAUUAAAUUGGUAUAGGAAUCUGAUGCCCGAAACAAGUAAAGGACAGCUUACAAUAGAAAAGACGCCUUCUUAUUUCGUCACAAAGGGGAUACCGGAAAAAGUGUAUAAAAUGUCAAAAAAGACGAAAUUAAUCGUUGUGUUCAGAGACCCAGUUACACGUGCUCUUUCAGACUACACACAAUUAGUUAGUAGAAAUCCAAACGUGAAAUCAUUCGAGGAGAUGGCGUUCGUAAACAACAGAACUAAAAUCAUUGACACCUCUUGGACUAUAGUGAAAAUAGGAGUGUAUGCACAACAUUUAGCAAGAUGGUUAGAAUAUUUUCCCAUUCGCCAAAUGCAUUUUGUGAGUGGGGAAAACUUAAUUAAAAAUCCAGCGGGUGAAAUGAAAAGAAUCCAAGAAUUUCUUGGUUUGGAACAAUACAUCACCGCAGACAAUUUUACAUUUAACCAGACUAAAGGGUUUCCGUGUUAUAAGAAGGAAACAAAGAACAGUGGGUGGCAUUGCCUCAACGAGGAGAAAGGAAGACGUCAUCCAGGAAUAGAUAAUUCCGUUAGAAAACGUUUAGAAGAUUUUUAUAGGCCGUUUAAUAUAAAACUAUACAGUAUGACAGGCCAAGAUUUCGGCUGGCCAUAGCUACUGGGUACCAUUGUGACUUUUUACUUUUGCUGGUCGUUUCGGGUAAAGUGGCUUAUGGGAAGUCUUUAUGACGUAUCGGAAUUAAACACCACUUAAGCGAUAAAAUGUAUGACAUGUAGGCUUUGUACUUAUUUCACUAUGGCUUUUAAUUACUACUGUACCAUGCUAAUCGUAGUAUUCAACAGUAUGUGAUAUUUGUAGAAUGGUGUUUUCUCUCUAAAAAAGUACGUUAAAAGUAUUUUGUUUUGAGUAUUUGUAAUUUUGUACAUUUUAUCAGUUUAAAAAAAUCUGACGAAUAUAUUACUAUUGUAAAAGGGGUUGUCCAGAAAAGGAAGACAGUAUGAAUGUUUAUAGUGAGGAUUCUAAAUUCUGCAGUCUUGAGAUUCAUCAAGCUUACUGUACACCGUGUAAGGUAUCAUAAAACGAACUUUUCUAGUUAUUUAUCAAAUUUUGACAAAACGAUUUGGAUCUCUUGAUUAGGUUUACUUGUGUUAAUGUAAAUAUGGACUAAGUUGUUUUGCACGUGUGGAAAUUUACACGCAUUCUUUUUUCCCCAUUUCGGAUGCUGUAUUGAUGGCUGUGGUCUUUAAAUGAGGUUUUCCUUCUUCGAUGCAUGAAUGAUUUUACAACUAAAAUGGAUCAUUUUGUUAAGACUAUUAAAUGAAAUAAAAGAAGAUUGUAAAAGUCCAAGCGGAAAUGUUUCGAUUUUACUUUUUGUUGCAUGUGUUUAUACAAGAACAUUGUCCAAAGAUGUCUGCAUUCACCUGGUGGUUCCACAGUUAGUUAAAUGAUGCCGAAGCUAUCCGAACUUUGGAAAAGUCAAAAAGGCAAAAUCUACGAUUCAUUUCAUUUGUAUAUUGAAUUGUAAGUCAUUUUUAGAAUAUGUGCUCAUAUAGGUAUAUUGGUAUAUAAUAAUGAAGAUUAUGAUUAUCACCAUUCAUGUAUUAUAAAAUCCUGAACCAUCAAAGUUUUAAAUACAUUUGCUGAAUGCCAUAUAAGAUCAAUUAGAUAUAUAAUAAUAACCAAUGCUUUAAGUGUAAACGCGGUUUCCAGUUUUACCUAUCAUGUAAAUUUAUAAACAACUCUCAUAGCGAAGGAAGCAGAUUGUCCUUGUCUGAAAAUCCUUUAAUUUGUUUCAUUAUUUUCUUUUAAAAUUAAUCACUGUAGUAGAUAUAUUACUACCCGUAAUUCCUGUAAUGAUGUAGUAAUCAAACUUUAGGGUUAUGACUAACACUAUUCUGAUGAACUUCCGUUUUGACUUUUGCAGGUCGGUGAAACUUCACUGUAUAGUUUCAUGAUUAUAAUAUUAAAACAGACCAAAUAACGUUCAUUAAAGCUAUUUUGCUACUGCUUUGUAAUACUAAUUAAAAUUUUGUUUUAUUCAUUAAUAGUGUCAUAAUGAGCUUCAUUAUUGUGUGGCAUGAUAGUAUGUUUCUUUUUUUUGAUUCACCAACAGUACUAUUUCAUACAAGGCAUUCUUCCAAGUAUUGAUCUUAUCAUUUCUUAUGCAGAAAAGCUACGAAACGUUUCAAGAGAUGAUAAAAUAUGCAUUUCCUGUGUCUACUUAUGUAUUUGAUAAAGUACUAGCUAAUAUAAAUGAGUCAGAAGUGUUUUACAUAAUUAUUAAGCGUUAGUCAUCGUUAUUAAAAGCGAAGGACUAAACUUUUUCCAAAACAUUUUGUUUAAGUUAUUCUUUUACGAAUGUAACAUCAUAAUUAUUUGAUAUAUUUUUCUUAUAAAUCCAACAUUUACAAUAUAAACCAAAAUUGUACCUGCCUGCUUUAUAAAUGUACAAUACACUAUAUGCUGCCAUAUAGCAUUGAAGAAGUAUGACAGGGUAGGUAAGGUUUAGAAUAUAAAAUACGGGAUGAACUUUUAAAAAUUCACACGACAAAUGUUAUACCAGAACAUUCUUAUCUGUUUGCAUUAUUUCAGGUGUGUUUUUUACCAAGAUUACGUAUAUAUACAUAUGUUACUUGUAAGUGCCCUAUAUUAUUUAUUUUCUACAAUGGCAUACAUGUGCGUUGUUAUUUGUGGUGAUUGCAAAAGAAAUGGUAUAUUAUAGUGAGACUUGAGCAUUAAAUAGUACGUUGUGCCAAACAUAGUCUCCUGUACAUUGUAGUUUCGACAGUGCAUGUAUUCUAUUCACUGCAUAUCGUAUAUUCUCUAAUGUUACAUCAGUUCUAGAGUGCCUGCCCUUUGAUCUAGCUAAUAUGUUCUACACAUACGUCCUCGUAAUAGGCUUUCUGUUUAAGGAACGCCAACUCUGCGAAGAAGAUUUUGGAAGAAUGUGUCAUGAGGUCCAUUUUAGUUUUAUCAUGAUGCCUGGGAAAAUCAAAACUUCUUAUGAAAACAUUUUCACAAGUAGAAUGUAAUGUAUCAAUCAAACGAAGAAAUAUUAUGAAUAAUACUUGUUUUUUACACAUUUCCAUGACUGAACGUGACAGUUCAUAUGAUAUUAGCAAAUACGUGUAUUACAUUUCAUUACCUCUCAUGAACAGUCUCAAUCAAACCGAGUCUUGCUUGUAUUCUGCUUGGUUGCAUUUUAUGCUUCCAAAUGAUCUUUUUACAGAUUUUGUUAAUAAAACAUUUCCAAAACUGCUAAGUAUAUUCCAUCGAUUAUAACUGUCUAUGUUCCAUCGAUUAUAACUGUCCUUAUUCAGAACGUGGCUUUUCCACCAAACAUGUUUGUUCUUAUAGAUAAAACGUGAGGUAUAUCGUUUCUAGUACUGUAAUAUUUACAGUACCGUUAUAAAUUUAAAUCCAUCGUCCUGGGUUGUAGUCAUAUAUUCUGAAAAUUGUUCACACAUGUCAUUAUUUUGUAACAUUGUUGUUAUGAUGUUAAAAACAUAAUAAAAGAAAUAAAAUAUAUAAUUUAUAUAGAAAAUA